ACGGCCGGUUCCGGCUGAAUGUCAGUGCGGGGCUGUGGGCCGGGGAGGAAGGUGGUUGGCGGUCCCUUCACCACCUCCGCCGCUGCCACCUCCGCUUGUGCUGCCACUGCGGGCGUCGGGCCACUCGGCCGGUCGGGCAUGAGACCGUGAGGCGAGCGACGGGCCGGGACCGCCGACAUGUUUGGCCGCUCUCGGAGCUGGGUGGGCGGGGGCCACGGCAAGUCCUCCCGCAACAUCCACUCCUUGGACCACCUCAAGUAUCUGUACCAUGUUUUAACGAAGAACACCACAGUCACAGAACAGAACCGGAACCUGCUGGUGGAGACCAUUCGUUCCAUCACUGAGAUCCUGAUUUGGGGAGAUCAGAAUGACAGCUCUGUAUUUGACUUCUUCCUGGAGAAGAAUAUGUUUGUUUUCUUCUUGAACAUCCUGCGGCAGAAAUCCGGCCGCUAUGUGUGCGUUCAGCUGCUGCAGACCUUGAACAUCCUCUUUGAGAAUAUUAGUCACGAGACCUCACUUUAUUAUUUGCUCUCUAAUAACUAUGUAAAUUCAAUCAUUGUCCAUAAAUUUGACUUUUCCGAUGAGGAGAUUAUGGCAUAUUAUAUAUCGUUCCUGAAAACGCUUUCGUUAAAACUCAACAACCACACUGUCCAUUUUUUUUACAAUGAGCACACCAAUGACUUUGCCCUGUACACAGAAGCCAUCAAAUUUUUCAAUCACCCUGAAAGCAUGGUUAGAAUUGCUGUAAGAACCAUAACUUUGAAUGUGUAUAAAGUGGAUAACCAGGCCAUGCUGCACUAUAUCAGAGAUAAAACUGCUGUCCCUUACUUCUCCAAUUUGGUCUGGUUCAUCGGGAGCCACGUGAUCGAACUUGAUAACUGUGUGCAGACUGACGAGGAGCACCGGAAUCGGGGGAAACUGAGUGACCUGGUAGCUGAGCACCUGGACCACCUGCACUAUCUCAAUGACAUCCUGAUCAUCAACUGUGAGUUUCUCAACGAUGUGCUCACAGACCACCUGCUCAACAGGCUUUUCCUGCCCCUCUACGUGUACUCACUAGAGAACCAGGACAAGGGAGGAGAACAACCGAAAAUCAGCCUGCCGGUGUCUCUCUAUCUUCUGUCGCAGGUCUUCCUAAUUAUACAUCAUGCACCGCUGGUGAACUCAUUAGCUGAAGUCAUUCUGAAUGGUGAUCUGUCUGAGAUGUACGCUAAGACUGAACAGGAUGUUCAGAGAAGUUGUGCCAAGCCCAGCAUCCGGUGCUUCAUUAAACCCACUGAGACGCUUGAGCGGUCCCUUGAGAUGAACAAGCACAAGGGCAAGAGGCGGGUGCAAAAGAGACCCAACUACAAAAAUGUUGGGGAGGAAGAAGAUGAGGAGAAAGGGCCCACCGAGGAUGCCCAAGAAGACACCGAGAAGGCUAAAGGUACAGAGGGUGGUUCAAAAGGCACCAAGACGAGUGGGGAGAGUGAAGAGAUCGAGAUGGUCAUCAUGGAGCGCAGCAAGCUCUCGGAGCUGGCCACCAGCACCUCCGUGCAGGAACAGAACACCACAGAUGAGGAGAAGAGCGCCGCUGCCACGGGUUAUGAGAACACGCAGUGGAGCAGACCCUUCCUAGAUAUGGUGUACCACUCCCUGGACAGCACAGAUGACGACUACCAUGCCCUGUUUGUGCUCUGCCUUCUCUAUGCCAUGUCUCAUAAUAAAGGCAUGGAUCCUGAAAAAUUGGAGCGAAUCCAGCUCCCAGUGCCAAAUGUGGCCGAGAAGACUACCUACAACCAUCUCCUGGCUGAAAGACUCAUCAGGAUCAUGAACAAUGCUGCCCAGCCAGAUGGAAAGAUCCGGUUGGCGACGCUGGAGCUGAGCUGCCUGCUCCUGAAGCAGCAAGUCCUGACCAGCUCUGGCUGCAUCAUAAAAGAUGUGCACCUGGCCUGCCUGGAGGGAGCAAGAGAAGAAAGCGUUCACCUCGUACGACAUUUUUAUAAGGGAGAAGAAAUUUUUCUGGACAUGUUUGAAGAUGAGUACAGGAGCAUGACAAUGAAGCCCAUGAAUGUGGAGUAUCUCAUGAUGGAUGCCUCCAUCCUGCUGCCCCCAACAGGCACGCCGCUGACAGGCAUUGACUUCGUGAAGCGGCUGCCCUGUGGCGAUGUGGAGAAGACCCGGCGGGCGAUCCGGGUGUUCUUCAUGCUGCGUUCCCUGUCACUGCAGCUGCGAGGGGAGCCCGAGACCCAGUUGCCACUGACUCGGGAGGAGGACCUGAUCAAAACCGAUGACGUCCUGGAUCUGAAUAACAGCGACUUGAUUGCAUGCACAGUGAUCACCAAGGAUGGUGGCAUGGUCCAGAGAUUCCUGGCUGUUGAUAUUUACCAGAUGAGUUUGGUGGAGCCCGACGUGUCCAGGCUUGGCUGGGGAGUCGUCAAGUUUGCAGGCCUCCUACAGGACAUGCAGGUGACUGGUGUGGAGGAUGACAGCCGUGCCCUGAACAUCACCAUCCACAAGCCUGCGUCCAGCCCCCAUUCCAAGCCCUUCCCCAUCCUGCAGGCCACCUUCAUUUUCUCGGACCAUAUCCGCUGCAUCAUUGCCAAGCAGCGCCUGGCCAAGGGCCGCAUCCAGGCGAGGCGCAUGAAGAUGCAGAGGAUAGCUGCCCUCCUGGACCUCCCAGUCCAGCCAACAACUGAAGUCCUGGGAUUUGGACUCGGCUCCUCCACUUCCACCCAGCACCUGCCUUUCCGCUUCUACGACCAGGGUCGCCGGGGCAGCAGCGACCCCACGGUGCAGCGCUCUGUGUUCGCAUCUGUGGACAAGGUGCCAGAAACUCUGGAAGCUGGUAUCACUUGCCCUGCUCAGACCAAGACCACAGAGCUCACACGAGGCUUCGCUGUGGCCCAGUGCAUAAACCAGCACAGCUCACCGUCCUUGUCCUCACCAUCACCGCCAUCUGCCAGUGGGAGCCCCAGUGGCAGCGGGUCCACCAGCCACUGUGACUCGGGCGGCGCCAGCUCAUCCUCCACUCCCUCCAUGGCCCAGAGCCCAACAGAUGCCCCCACAACUCCGGAACAGCCUCAGCCUCACUUUCCUGACCAGCUGGUGAUCGUCAACGAAACAGAAGCAGACUCCAAGCCUACCAAGAGUUUGGCCAGGAGUGCGGACAUGGAGACUGCCAACCUGUCCCCCAGCCUCAUCCCUGCCCCACAGCCCACCAUCUCCCUGCUCUGUGAGGACACUGCUGACACGCUGAGCGUUGAAUCUCUGACCCUUGUCCCCCCCGUCGAUCCCUGCAGCCUCCGUGCCCUCACCAGCAUCCCCCCACCUCCCAUGCCAGCUGUACCGUGCCCGGUGACCCCGGGCAAGGAGGCUGCGUGUGUGGAGCCCGCGGGCCCUGCGGAGCACUGAGUCAGCACCAGGGCCUCCCUUUGCAUUUGUGGCCCCCUGGAAGGGACCCACUGCAGGCAACUGGCAGCACUCAGUCACCAUCUCAGCCUCUUAUCCCUGCGCCCCUCGAAUCGGAAGAAAACCAUGCUGCGUUUGAA